GCCUGUAACUUCAUUGUAAGAAUCUAGUUGCACUUGAAACGUGAUUUCUGACAUUUGAAGACUACUGUAAAAUGAAGACGUUUGCGGUCGUUUUAGUUAUUGGGUUCGCUUUGCAAGUGAGCAAUGCGUUAAUGCCCAGUGAUCUGGAAACGGUAGUGGAAACGUGUCUAGUCGAGAAUGAAUUUACAAGUAGUAAAGAUGAUGUGGCUCUCGUCGAUUACAUCGGAAAGCCAGAAGGUGUUGAUAAACUAAAAGAUGUCCCGAGAGAAAAGCUAGCUGCGGUUUUGGCCUGCAUGUACCAUAAGCAGUAUAAAAAUACAACUUUGUACGACAUGCUUAAAUAUCUUACAGAAAUGGAUGAUAAGGUAACUAAGGACCAGUACCAACAGAUGAAGGAAACCUUGACUACUUGUGUUCAACAAUCUCAAGGAAAUGACGUAGAAUUACUAAAAUGCGUGAAGGCUGUUGAUCCUCCUUUCGACUAUCUCAUAGCUACUCUUCGCGACCUUGGCGAGGAACCUCUGAAUUUUUGCUACGAAAGAUGCGGACUAAAGAUUCCUGAUCUGAAACGAAUAUAUGCCAUAGGAGAUCCCAAACAAGCUGAUAAACUUAAAGAUGUUUCGAAGGAAAAAAUGGUUAAUGUUGUAGCUUGUCUGUACGACAAGCUGUACCCACACCAGAAGUUGUAUCCAAGCCUUAGGCAGCUUAUUGACAGAGAUGACACGGUAACUUCGGAUCAAAUCGAGCAAAUGGAAAAUACAGCGUCUGCUUGCUAUAGGAAAGUUGAUGGAAAGAUUAAUAAUGUUAAAUUUCUGAACUGUGUAAACAUUACCGAAGCCCCAUUUGAUCAUCUCUUCGCUACUAUUCGAGAUGUCCAACAAGCUUUGCAGUGGUGCUAUGUAAGAUGCAGAAUAUUGAUUAGUGAAAUGUAUACAUUGCAGCGAAACCGCUACAAUCCUCUGAAGGAUUACAUACAAUAUAUUCCUACUGAUAAAUUAGGUUGUUUCAUGGCUUGCAAAGCUGAGGAAAGCACAAUGAAGAAUCCUGACCAAACUCUUCAGAAGAGGCUUACAGAUCUGAUAAAUUUGAAAAAAAAUAUUGACGAGAGUAAAAGGAAAGAAAUGUUGCAGACUUUGAACAAAUGUCUUACGCAAGUUCCUGCCGACGAAGACGAACGCUAUUACGAAGUAAUCAAAUGUAUCAAUCUAUUCCAGCCACCAUUCGUUGAUAUUCUUUACAAUAACUUUUAUAGCGCUUAUAACAUAGAAAAAAAAGAACUGAACAUCUGAAGAAAAAUAUUGUUUUAUAUAUUAUUUGUAUCAUAGAUUUAAUUGCAAUAAAAAGUUUAAUG